GCUCCCCCCCCCGGCUCCCGCAGUUGGUACAGCCCGGGACAGUAUGGCGGCCGCCUUUCUGCCUCCGAAGCAAGUCUUACCGCUGCAGGCGCUGCGGAGUUUGGUGCAUCCAGGGUUGGGAGGCUUGGGCUCCACCUGCAGCCGCUGCCCUCUCGGAGCUAAAAGAUAUCUACUUACAGAUAAUAUUGUGAAAUUAAAGGACUUUCAGCAUAAGAAGGUGGCUGUUGCAUGUAAUCUUCCUGGCACCAAAGAAACCUAUUUGAGAAACUUGGAAGAGAAACUGACCCAGAAUAAGCUCAUCUUGAAAGAGGAGUUGAGAACCUUACUUCAUUUGUGUGAGUCCUGGGACGAUGUGGAGCUGGCUAAAAAUGUCAUUUACAGGUACCAUGCAGAGAACAGGAAUAUCACUUUGGGGGAGUACAAGUUUGGACCACUUUUCAUGAGGUUGUGCUACGAGUUGGAUCUCGAGGAAUCUGCAGUGGAGCUCAUCAAAGACCAGCAUUUACGAGGUUUCUUCUCAGACUCCACAUCAUUCAAUAUUUUGAUGGAUAUGUUGUUUAUCAAAGGUGCAUUGGAAGUACUGAUUGAGAUGAAAAACCAAGAUGUGAAGUUCAACAAAGAUACUUACAUCCUUGCUUUUGCAGUUUGCUACAAACUGAAUAGCCCUGAAUCUUUUACAAUCUGUACCACGUUAAGGGAAGAAGCCCUCAUCAAGGGAGAAAUCCUCUGCAGGAGAGCAUCCUGUUUUGCAGUGGCAUUAGCUCUGAACCAGAACCAGCUGGCAAAAGCUAUAUCAAUUUUUUCUCAAAUCAUGAAGCCAGAAAGCAUAAUCUGCACUAAUUUAAAUCUUAUGCUCCACAUCCAGUCAAACAUGCUGAAAAGCCUAAUAGACACACUAAAGGAUGCUACAGAGGGGAAUCUGUCAAGAUUUGUGAAAAAACCUGUGUUCUCAGAAGAAGUGCUGGUCAAAGUGAGGGAAAAAGUGAAGGAUGUGCCCGCUCUUCUGGCCACAUUUGAUGAGCUGUAUGGGAAACUGCACAUAAAUGGCCAGGUCACCACUUACACUUUGGAUGCUCUGCUCUGCCACACCCCCAGUGACAGGAAAUCCCACACGGUGCUAUUAAACAAGAGGACAGUCAGCCGUCGGACCUUCCAGCCGCUCAGCCAGUCCCUGUGGGCUGAGUAACCCUGAGUUCAAACCAUCCGUGGGUCUGAGUUGGAGGGGGCCUGCUUCUAGCGAAUUAUUGGCUUCCUAAGAAAUCGGGCAUCGUACUCCAGUGUACAGUAUACUAACACUUGGUCUCCUUAAAUUUCCAAAAUCAUUGAGCACUGGCGUGCUGCCUUGAGACGUUCAUAUGUUGUGCCACCAGGAAGAUCUAGAUACAGGCAAGCAGAAAGCUCGGGCUCCCGCGGGAAGGAGGCUUCCCCUUGUGAAGGGCUGAGGAUGCUUGAAGGAACACAGUCACGGUCUCCAGGGGAACCCAAUAAGCACUAACAGGAGGGAAUUUCACUAUAAGUGGCCACCUCCAGCUAAUUUUCAGGGGAAUCGUGGUCUGAAACCCUACUCUACCAUGCUGGGAAAUAGCCCAGGAUUUUCUCACUGCUUCUGUCAUCAUUUACCUGUGACCCUAGACAAGAUACUCGAGCCCUCAGUUUUUCAUCUGUAAAAUAAUAGUGCCUGUGUGAAUCUCCAUAUUGAUUUGAAAUUUUCAUUCAACGUUCAGUAGGGUCAAGUUUUCUCAAAAAUCAGAGAAAUUAAAAGGUUCCUGAGAAAACUUGUUGUUUUCUCAGCAGAACAAACAAAACCAGAAUUUAACUCUCAGAACUGAUAAUAAACCAAAAUGUAAAUGGUUACCACUUUGGUCAUGGGCAACCCACGUGCUUUUCAAAGUAAAUGCCAAUAAAAACCACAUAACGCUC